AUGAAGAUUCAGCUCAGUGAGUUCAACUCAAAUGUCAACUCAGAUUGCGGACAGCAAAUCACGGCCGCCGGCUCAUUCGGAUCCGUCGGCGACGUUUUCCAGUUCACGUCCGACUCGGUUAUGUCAAGUGCUCAUGUUCACCGCCGUCUUGACUCCCUAGACGCGCGUCUCUCUUGGUUCUACGUCCGUCUUCUCCUGCUUACAGGUAUCAGCUGGGCUGUGCAUACUGCUGAGCUCGUGCUCUUCCUGUUCACGCGACAACUCGUGGCCCGCAAUGUCGGCAUGGGCACCCGCGCACUGGAAGCGCUAGGCGUCGGUAUAUUCGUCGGCGCAGCGAUAGGAGGUCCAGUGUUUGGUCACGUGGCGGAUACGCAUGGACGGCGGUCAGCUCUGCUGAUGGCAAUGUCCCUAUCACUCGCAGGUCUGCUGCUGUCAGCCGUCGCGACCCGGCAUUAUCAAGUCAUUAUCGCGCGGGUUGUGGCGGGCGUCGGACUCGGCGGUGAAUUGCCGGCCGCCACUGUAUUAGUGCAGGAAUUAUCGCCGCUUCCAAUGCGAGGCCGCAUGGUGUCACUGCUAGAAUCUUUUACAGGCGUGGGUGGAGUUCUGGGUGUGGUUUUGGCCUUUGGUUUAGCGCCGCAGAUUGGAUGGAGAGCCUCGUACGUGAUCAUCUGCGGGUUCGUGCUGUACGUGGCUGUGCUGCGCUUUGGAGUCCCAGAGUCUCCGCGUUGGUUGGCUAGUGUGGGCAGGGCAGAUGAAGCGCUAAUGGUAGUGGGGAAGGUGGAGAAAGCACACGGGAAGCGAGCGCCAUACGCGGUGCAGGGCGAUUCUACGGCACAUGUAUCGGUGGAUAUGAAGACGCUGGAUUGGUCGGUGCGCACGCUGGUGCUUUGGGCGUUGUGGGUGGUGGUGGCCUUGUCCGCGUACGCUCUGGGCACGUACGUUCCGACGCUCAUUAGUUUGUGGGGAUUCAAUGUAUUCUCACGGUGGAGUACGAUGGUUCUUAUUGGUGUGGCUCAAGUGCUUGGCUGUCUGCUAGCGUCAUUUGUACUGGACGACUAUGGUCGAGUGCAAACGUUGGCCUGCUUUGCCACUUCAGCCGCUGUUGUAGCAGUUUUGACGAGUCACGCUCCGUGGAACGGUCCGUUUGUCGUGGUAGGAACUUGUACAGUCGCUGCUUUACUCGCUGCAAGCUGGAGCUGUAUUCUAGUGUACGCACCGGAAAAUUUCGCUACAGGAGUUCGUGGUCGCGGUGUGGGCUACGCAUUUGGCUUCAGUCGACUAGGCGGCACCAUUGGAUCCUUGUUGUGCCCUCACAUGUUCAAUGUGUGGGUGAUUUCUGUACCAGCGAUUGCUUGGAUUUUCGCUAUACUCCUCACUGUAGUGGUCGUUGGAAUUGCUCUUACGCAUGGUCGACAGUACUUGAAACACGAAGAUUACGACGGUACGGAAACCACGCUGGGCUUCGAAGCUAAUGAAGAAGGCACUCCACUCGUAUCAAGCAACCAUUAUACACGAAGUACUACGACGUACAACUCCUAGUGCCGCUCCUCUCGCAAAUGAGCAUACCGCAUUCAACGAGGAGUGUUGCUACUCUUAUCUCUUCUAGUGGUAAACAGCACUCAACACGACUAUAAAAUCAACGGUGAUGAUCUAGUUCAUCCACAUGCACUGUGAUUCCCGUUUGUGCGAUGGAAUGCGCUCCGAAAGAGGAGUCGAGUUCACGAAUAAUUAAUCACGAGCACGCCGAUGAAGCGGCCAUCAUGGUAAUCUUGGAUCACGCACAGAAAGAAGUACAAAGCAGCAGAUUUCGACAAGUAAUUAAAGCAUCAAGUCGAUCCCAUGAAUCUCAUCAUGGUACGGAAUUAUCAACGCAGAAGCGAUCGAGGUGGCAUGACGAAGCAUAAUACUUCUGCAAUAAUGCCUUAGUACUAGCACGCUUUUGACCACGCUCUAAAGUUGGAAUCGAUGGCGAGGCAAACAUGAGCUGCAAUUACUCAAUCACUUAUAACUGCACCAUGCGCCAUCUUAAGCAUCCAGAUCGCAGCACAAUUCUGGUUGUAUGGGGGGGGGGGGAUAACUUCAACUUAUGUACCCUAGUUAGCCAAUUAAAGCCCACCAUUGUGAGUCAGUUUUGUCCACACGUUCUUAACCAAUGUCACGUUGACCAUGGUGGGACUUCUUAAAAAAACUGGACCG